UGUCCCUCUUUUAUUAUCUUCCGGCUCCCACAAAAUGAGCUGGCAGAUGUUAUGAAAUGGUAAGAAGGCCGGUUAGGACAUAACUAAGAUGGAAACAGCAUAGUUUAAGUAUGCCUUUGCAAAUAUUAUGUGGCGGCUCGGCGGCGCUCGUCGCUUCGAGAAGAAUGCGGAAUAUUUUGGGUGCUGUCCUGGGAAGAGACGGCUGGCUGUGGAGAACACAUGAGGUCAAACUUAUCAACACAUCCUCCGGUGACACAGUGAACAUUGGAGAGAUCUCAUACAAACUCAAAACACCCCAGAAUCCAGAACUUGUUCCUGUCAAACACAUUUCAGACUCCUUACCCCAGACAGUGGUUCAGCACCUGCGAUGGAUUAUGCAGAAAGACCUUUUGGGCCAGGAUGUGUUUCUCAUUGGCCCCCCAGGACCCCUGAGACGAUCCAUAGCUAUGCAGUACCUCGAGUUGACCAAACGCGAAGUAGAGUAUGUCGCUCUGUCCAGGGACACCACAGAGACUGACUUGAAACAGAGGAGAGAGAUCCGCUCAGGGACGGCCUUCUACAUAGACCAGUGUGCUGUAAGGGCAGCAACACAGGGUCGAGUCUUGGUCCUGGAGGGGCUAGAGAAGGCAGAGAGGAACGUUCUGCCCGUUCUCAACAACCUGCUAGAGAACAGAGAGAUGCAGCUGGAGGACGGACGCUUCCUAAUGUCAGCGGAGCGUUACGACAAGCUGCUGCAGGAGCACACCAAAGAGGAGCUGGACAGCUGGAAGAUUGUCCGUGUAAGUGAGGACUUUCGGGUCAUCGCUCUUGGCCUUCCUGUCCCCAAGUACAAGGGCAACCCGUUGGAUCCUCCUCUCCGCUCUCGCUUCCAGGCCAGAGACAUUUAUUACCUACCAUUCAAGGACCAGUUGGAGCUGUUGUACACUGCAGGACCAAACAUUGCUGCAGAAAGGGUGUCCCAGCUGCUGUCACUAGCCACCACGCUGUGCUCCCAGGAAUCAUCCAACCUUGGCCUCCCUGACUUCCCUGUGGACAACCUGCUUCCUGCCCUCCAUGUGCUGAACUCUUUCCCCAUGCUGUCCUCCCAGCAGCUAGUCCACAGACUUUACCCCUACAACAGCAUCCUGGGCAAGGAUGGGCGCACUGCUGUAGAGGGUGUACUCAGUAGAUUUGAGCUUUUGGAUGGUCGUCGUCAGCCAGCACCCAGCGCCAUUUCGAGGUUGUCCGCUACCAGGGGUCUUGAGGGCCACGCAGAUGUCACAUUACGUAUCGCGGACAAGGACGUCACAUUUCAGGUUCCAGCAGGUACGAAGGAGCUGCGUCCACCCAACAGUAGCCCCACCUUCAUCAGUACACCAAGCCACUCCCAGCUGAUGGCUGAGAUAAUGCAAUCACACAUGGCUAAGGACAUAUGCCUGAUAGGAACCAAGGGUUGUGGAAAGUCAGUGAUUGCGAGAGAGUUCGCUGAGAUGCUGGGUUACAGCAUAGAGCCAGUCAUGCUCUACCAGGACAUGACAGCCAGGGACCUUCUUCAGCAGAGGUACACUCUCCCUAACGGAGACACAGCGUGGAGGCCGUCUCCACUGGUCACUGCUGCCAUCGAGGGCAAGCUGCUGCUUUUGGACGGCAUACACAGGGUCAACCUGGGAACCCUGGCUGUGCUUUCUAGGUUACUCCACGACAGGGAGCUGGAUCUGUAUGAUGGGACCAGGCUACUGAGAUGGGAUAAAUACCAGACACUAAAGGAGCAGCUGCACUUCAGUGACCAGCAACUGCAAGAGAGGUCAAUCCUCCCCAUCCAUCCAUCAUUCAGGGUGCUGGCCCUGGCCGAGCCCCCCGUUGUGGGUGCCAGUGCGAGCAGCAGCAGCAGAGGUCAGCAGUGGCUGAGCCCAGAGCUGCUCACUAUGUUCCUCUACCACACGGUCACCCCGCUGUCCAAAGCAGAGGAGAUGGACCUCAUACAGGGACUGAUUCUUAAUGUUCCAAAGGAAGCAGCAGAGAAUCUACUGCACCUCACACACAAUCUCCGUAAGACAAACGACCCCACGGCACAGUCUCUGGCCUCUUCUCUCUCCACCAGACAGCUGUUGAGGAUCUGUCGCCGUCUCUCUCAGUACCCUGAGGAGAGCAUCGCCCACGCUGUCAAAAAGGCUUGUCUUUCCAGGUUCCUGCCCAGCCUGGCCCGUGCUUCUCUUGAAAAAAGCCUUGCUAACAGCUCCAUACAGGAUAAACCAGAUCCUGCUGAACACACUCGUGACUUCAGCUGUAAGAUAAAGGAUGGUGUGUUGACUAUUGGCAAUGUGUCUGCUCCCAUCUACAAGCCGAACGAGAAGAUGAAGGUUCCAGACGUGCUCUUCUAUGAUAACCCCCAGCACAUGAUGGUGAUGGAGGACAUGUUGAAAGACUUUCUAUUAGGAGAGCACCUCCUUUUGGUGGGCAACCAGGGUGUGGGUAAGAAUAAAAUAGUGGACCGGUUCCUGCACCUGCUGAACAGGCCAAGAGAAUACCUACAGCUCCACAGGGAUACAACGGUCCAGACUCUGACCCUGCAGCCCUCAGUCCGAGACGGCAUCAUCAUGUACGAGGACUCACCUCUGGUGAAGGCAGUGAAACUGGGUCACAUAUUAGUGAUCGACGAGGCCGACAAAGCUCCCACUAACGUCACCUGCAUCCUUAAAACCCUAGUUGAGAGCGGGGAGAUGAUUCUGGCUGACGGACGCAGAAUUAUCUCAGAUCCACGUGAAGCUGAGGGGAGGCCCAACACCAUAGUCAUGCACCCGGACUUCAGGAUGCUCGUGCUGGCUAAUCGACCUGGUUUUCCUUUCCUGGGAAAUGACUUUUUUGGAGCUCUAGGUGAUAUUUUUAGCUGCCAUGCUGUGGACAAUCCAAAGCCCCAGGCGGAGCUGGCAAUGCUUAAACAGUACGGCCCUGAUGUUCCCGAUGCUACUCUGCAGAAGUUGGUGGCUGCCUUUGGAGAGCUUAGGUCUAUGGCCGACCAGGGCACCAUCACCUACCCCUAUUCCACCCGAGAGGUGGUCAACAUUGUCAAACACCUCCAGAAAUUCCCAGAUGAGGGUUUGGCCAACGUGGUGCGAAACGUCUUCGACUUUGACUCAUACAACAAAGACACGCGAGAGGUUCUGAUCGAGGCACUGCACAAGCACGGGAUUCCCAUCGGAGCCAAGCCCAGCUCUGUCACACUGGCUAAGGAGUUGCCCCUGCCGGAGGUCAAGAUGACAGGGUACUGGACAAUAAACCAAGGUGUCAACGCUCGCCGCAAACUGCUCUGUCCAACUGAGACACACCUCAUAGACAUAAAGGGCCCUGUGUUUCUACGUGUUCAGGGUUACCCCUGCAACAGACAAGAAAGCAGGGCCUUGAGUUUCAGUGAGGAGAAAGCCCACUGGCAGAUUCCCAUGAAUGAAGUCAACAUCAUCUGCGAUGUCACCACCAAAGAUGAUGUUCUGUACGUGGCCACGUGUAACCCAGUGGCCCUGUACUCCAUGAAGGAGCACGGGGAGACAAUUCAGUGUGUGGAGCUUUACGACGUCUUCCCCAGGACCAUCAGUGGCGUCUGGCAGCCCUUUGUGACCGUCGCUGCACUUGGGAGUCCUCUGGAUGGACAAGUGGUGCUGCAUGAGGAGCAGAGUAACACAGUGAUCCAUUUGGACUUGGUAACAGGCGCCGUGCGGAGGCUCAUGUUGUCUCCAGACAGUGAUCAGCCCUCCACCAGAGCCUCCAAUUGGUGGAGCAGUAAGGAACAACAGGGAGGGCAUAAAAUGUGUCAGGACUUUGCCCACAAAAACUGGCUUCUCUUCUAUAAGGAGGAUGGCAACCAACUGGAGGUGCUGGAUGUGCUGGAGGGCCGUGUUCACUCCAUCUCCCUUCCCAUCAACCUGAAGUCGGUCUUCCUCGCGGCAGAGGACCGCUGGUUACUGAUGGAGAGCAAAACCAACAAGAAGUUCCUGCUGACCAAGCCCAUGCACAUGGCAGCUGAAGACACUGGGGUGUGUCAGCUCCACAGCAUCAGUGAGGACCCAGUCAGCUCAGGCCAUGGAGCCAGCUCAGCUGAGGUGUCCAUGCCCCAGAUGCUGUCAUGUGAGCAGCUACCCAAUGAGAACCUCAGCGCCGCUCUGGACCAGAAGAUUGUUUCACCUAACCGCAUAAUGGCAGACACCAGCUCCUUUGCCCGGGUUGUUGUGGGCUUCCCAGACCUCGUGUCCCCUAAUGAGGUGUACAGCUUUAAGAGGCCUGUUGAUCUAUUAGAGAUGAAGAGUGGCGAGAGUGGGUCUCACAUGUUCCUUAGAGGUGGGCUUCGGUCCAGCACGGCAAAGAGGGAGAAUUGUGUCAGCCUGCUCUCAGCCAAUCAGGUGGUCCGAGCCCUUCCACCCAGCAAGGUGCCCAUGAAGGAGGUCUACCCCAAAGAUGUCACACCCCCAAUGACAGCGGCAUACCUGGAGGUGACUGAUCUGAACUCCAAAAAAGUUAAAUAUAUUCCUGUCCCAAGGUCAAUGACCGUGUCACCUUACACCAGCUGGCUGUCAAAGGUGUCAGAGUCUGACGUGCUAAUGGCUCCUCUCGGUUCUGGAGGUGUGGUCACAGUGGAUAUGGGAGGGUACGUCCGGCUGUGGGAGACUGGAUUGGACACCCUGCAGCGAUCACUGAUGGAAUGGAGGAAUAUGAUUGGGACGGAGGAUGGCAGACCUGUACAGAUCACUAUCCAGAGGGAAAGCGGCCUGGAUGUCUCCGCCCCCAAGCAUGGCAAGAUCGACCCCAACAACGCUCCUCACGUUGGGGGAAACCAGUGGGCAGGAGGCACAGGUGGCAGAGACACAGCAGGGCUAGGUGGCAAAGGGGGCCCCUAUCGGCUGGAUGCAGGGCACAAGGUCUACCAGGUUUCCCAGGCGGAGAAAGAUGCUGUUCCAGAGGAGGUCCGCAGGGCAGCCCGUGAAAUGGGUGAAAAAGCCUUUAAAGAGAGGUUGAAGGAGAUCAAUAUGAGCGAUUACGAUGCCGCAACGUAUGAGCGCUUCUCCAAUGCUGUCAGGAGACAGGUUCAGUCUCUACGCAUCAUCCUGGACAGUUUGCAGGCUAAAGGAAAGGAGCGACAGUGGUUGAAGAACCAGGCUCUGGGAGAACUGGAUGACGCUAAAAUCAUUGAUGGACUGACUGGAGAGAAGGCUAUAUAUAAACGCAGGGGAGAGCUGGAACCAGAGCUGGGCAGUCCUCAGCAGAAACCCAAGCGUUUACGGGUGUUGGCUGACGUGUCGGGCAGCAUGUACCGCUUCAACGGUGUGGACGGCAGGCUGGAGCGCUCCAUGGAGGCUGUGUGUAUGGUCAUGGAGGCUCUGGAGAACUAUGAGCACAAGUUCAAGUACGACAUAGUGGGCCACUCAGGCGACGGCUACGACAUUGAGCUGGUCAGACCGGACAAAGUCCCCAAGAAUAACAAGCAGAGACUCAAAGUCCUCAAGACCAUGCACGCCCACGCUCAGUUCUGCAUGAGCGGCGACUACACUCUGGAGGGCACCGACGCCAGCAUCAAGGAGUUGGCGCGAGAAGAGGCUGACGAGCACUUCGUGGUGGUGCUCAGUGAUGCCAACCUGGAACGCUACGGCAUCCGGCCUGAGCGCUUCGCCCAGGUCCUGACCUCUGACCCGCAGGUUAAUGCCUUUGCCAUCUUCAUCGGAUCCCUUGGCGAUCAGGCUGAAAGACUCCAAAAGACCCUUCCAGCGGGGAGAUCCUUUGUUGCCAUGGACACCAAGGAGAUUCCCCAAAUACUGCAGCAGAUCUUUACAUCUACCAUGCUGUCCAGUGCCUAAGACACAUAAACACACACAUACACUCACUUCUUAUCUCACACAUCCAAAACCUCAAAUUUUCUUCUGCAAGCUCUGAGACUGUAGCACGCUGACUUGUCACGAUGUGAUAACCCACUUUCUGUAUCAGAUUAUAUAACUUUAUCUGAACUGUAUCAGGUCUGCAGACUGGCCUUUGUACAAGCUUGAAGGGAACGGUUUAUUAUUUUACAGAAGCCUUCAGUAGAAGCAGAAUGUGGCAGUGCUGUGUAGCGUGACGAGUUAAAUGAUGUGUACUGUCCCUCGGGGAAUACUUACUGUACAGUGUGGUCUGUGAUCAGUGUGACUCUACUGGGAAAUGACACAUACUGCAACUACAGUGACAUUAUGAGUGCCUGGAGUCUGUCUCAGACCCCAUGUGGGGAUCAAACACAGGCCCCGACCUGUUGUUGUUGUUUUUUUUGGGCCGAUAGUGUGCUGACGCAGGCACACAUGCAUACGUCCUGUUUUGGGUUGCGAGCAACUUCACUUAGACGGGGGAGGGACACGAACUUGAAACGGGCUCACUUAUUUGGACUUCCUCCUCAUUUAUCGCCUGUCGCGCAGAAAAACACGCACGCACACACACACACACACACGACACAUGCAGGAAGGGUUGCACUAACGCGCCACCUGACCGACACUUGGAUGUGGCGAGCGGCUGAACUUGGCUCUUUUGGAAUGCUGAGACUGUGAGCAGGGAAUUUCCCACCUGACUGCACACGCUCUUUAAAGGCAGCCACUGUUGCACAACCCCCUGCUGUGUGUCUGUGUGUGUGUGUGUGUGUGUGUGUGUGUGUGUGUGUGUGUGUGUGUGUGUGUGUGUGUUCUCCUACAGCAUCCAUGUCAACAUGCACAAGCCCUUUCCUUCCUGGCGGCUGGACCUUGUGACGCCCCAUGCUCGUCUCAGUCCUGCAAGGAAUCUGAGAUCGCCUUUCAUUGCCAGACCUCCCACUCCUCUUUCACACACACACCUUUGCCACCACAAGGCUUAGUGUGUGCAUAGCGGUGCGUGUUUAGAGAUUAAGUGCACAUAGAAUAUAGACUGUGUGUGUACAUCAUGUUUCAUUUAAUGAUGCAGUGUGGUCAUUCUUCCUGUCUGUACCACCUCACAGACACGUGCAUCCAGUUCCAAAUCCACUGAUAGGAUCAAUAUAACAGCCUGUCUAACAAUCAGUCUCUAUUGAUCCCUCUCUGAUAGAUGGGAUGUCACUGUUUUUAUUAACCUACUUCUGUCUCCCUCUGACCCUCUCUCUGGCUCUGUCUCUCUCUCUCUCUCUCUCUGAUUAGUUGGAAGGAGCAACAGUGACUUCAUGGUAAAAACUGGACUAGUUUCUCAGUAGUCAUUUCACCUACAUUACAUGUUGAAACUUGUUUGGGUAUAUAGACAUUUAAAAUGUGCAUAGAAGCAUAUUAAAUCGUAUGCAUUUGAAUCUCUUUAGUCUUAUUUAAUUGUACAUUGUUAUUACUUUAUGUGGAAAAAAUUGUAAAGGUAAUGUACAAAAUUUUAAUAAAACCAUGAUAACAUUG